CUGUCUAGAGAUCAAAUUAUUACUGUAGAGAAGAUUUUUUAGUUUUUCUGUUUCAUUAAGAGAUUAUUAUAAAGCAAUAAGCAUGCAGGAAGAGAAGCAGACGUUUUACAUUGAGGAUUAAUGAAAGCAUGUCUGCUUGCUUUUGGGGGGUGGGAAGUGGAGGGUGGUUGCUUAAAAUCUUACACCACCCUCACAAAAAAAACUCUUCGGAAAUCGUAAAAUAAGGAAAUGCAUGAUUCUAGAGGCAUCCCUAAGCACCCAGGUAUCAGACUAUAUGUGGUGUUUGUGAUAUCAUCGGACGGUUUGGACUGGUCUAACCUGCAAAUUCAAAGGUCAGCAGAGGAAAUCAUUUAAGAAGAAUUCCAAAAGAAGCUUCCAAUGCUUUGAACUACCCUAAGAGAGAAAGGAAGAAAAUGUUCCGGGAAGGCGAGGGUUCCGGGAAGCUGGGGAAGGGGCGGGCGUCCUGGGCACGGCGGCUUCCUUGUGCGCUGCCCUAAGGGAAGAGGAUGGGCCUGAGGUCCUGAAUGAGCCUUUCCAAGCCCCCACUUAAAAUGCGGGGAGGGAAAAGUUCAGAAGCAGCCACAAGGUGACAAAAGCCUAAUUCUGUCAGUUGAACUGGACAGGGCAGUCAACAAACCCAGCUAGCUCUGGAGACGCAAACGGGCUCCCGGGGCACCACAGAGGCUGAGGCAGCCCCUGCUGCCGCCCUCGCCACCGCGUCGCCGCCGCCGCCGCCGCGAACCCUGCGUUACUGGGGGAGACAGUGCCGCUGCGACAGGGGAGGACGCGGCUGGAGCUCAAGGAGGCUCCAGCGCGCAGGCGCCGCCGAGCCCUGCCUGGAUGCUCAGUCAAGGCACUAAGGCAAAAAAAAAAAAAAAAAAAAAAAAAUCAGCAAUUUAUAGAAAGAAGAAGCUAUAGUCUGUCGGGAUAUCCAACACCAACAGAUAUUCUGAUGGCAAAUCAAAUGGAAGAAAAGAGGAAGCAUGACUGCAGAUCGGAUCAAUUCUCAUUGUGGAUUACAUUUUCAGUAAAAUGUAUGGAUCUAUCUUUUCCUUGUUCUUAUAUCUAGAUCAUGAGACUUAACUGAGGCUGUAUCUUUAUCCUCCAUCCAUCUAUGGCGAACUAUAGCCAUGCAGCUGACAACAUUUUGCAAAAUCUCUCGCCUCUAACAGCCUUUCUGAAACUGACUUCCUUGGGUUUCAUAAUAGGAGUCAGCGUGGUGGGCAACCUUCUGAUCUCCAUUUUGCUAGUGAAAGAUAAGACCUUGCAUAGAGCACCUUACUACUUUCUGCUGGAUCUUUGCUGUUCAGAUAUCCUCAGAUCUGCAAUUUGUUUUCCAUUUGUAUUCAACUCUGUCAAAAAUGGCUCCACCUGGACUUACGGGACUCUGACUUGCAAAGUGAUUGCCUUUCUGGGGGUUUUGUCCUGUUUCCACACUGCUUUCAUGCUCUUCUGCAUCAGUGUCACCAGAUACUUAGCUAUCGCCCAUCACCGCUUUUAUACAAAGAGGCUGACCUUUUGGACGUGUCUGGCUGUGAUCUGCAUGGUGUGGACUCUGUCUGUGGCCAUGGCAUUCCCCCCAGUUUUAGAUGUGGGCACUUAUUCAUUCAUUAGGGAGGAGGAUCAGUGCACCUUCCAACACCGCUCCUUCAGGGCUAAUGAUUCCUUAGGAUUUAUGCUGCUCCUUGCUCUCAUCCUCCUAGCCACACAGCUUGUCUACCUCAAGCUGAUAUUUUUUGUCCACGAUCGAAGGAAAAUGAAGCCAGUCCAGUUUGUAGCAGCAGUCAGCCAGAACUGGACUUUUCAUGGUCCUGGAGCCAGUGGCCAGGCAGCUGCCAAUUGGCUAGCAGGAUUUGGAAGGGGUCCCACGCCACCCACCUUGCUGGGCAUCAGGCAAAAUGCAAACACCACAGGCAGAAGAAGGCUGUUGGUCUUAGACGAGUUCAAAAUGGAGAAAAGGAUCAGCAGAAUGUUCUAUAUAAUGACUUUCCUCUUCCUAACCUUAUGGGGCCCCUACCUGGUGGCCUGUUAUUGGAGAGUUUUUGCAAGAGGGCCUGUAGUACCAGGGGGAUUUCUCACAGCCGCUGUCUGGAUGAGUUUUGCCCAAGCAGGAAUCAAUCCUUUUGUCUGCAUUUUCUCCAACAGGGAGCUGAGGCGCUGUUUCAGCACAACCCUUCUUUACUGCAGAAAAUCCAGGUUACCAAGGGAACCUUACUGUGUUAUAUGAGGGAGCAUCUGUAAAUCUUUAGCCUUGUGAAACACUUACCUUCUCUGCUAAGCAAUUGUGGCCUGUAGCCAUAUCUUGAGAAGAAAUUCAAGAAUGGGAUCAGCAGUUACAAGGAUUUGGGCAACAUUCUGCAGUCUUUGCAAUAGUUCACCUAUAAUCCUAUUUUAAAUCUCAGAGUGAUCCUGCUGACUGCUGGUGAAGGUUUGUAAUUAAGAAAGGACUGAACCACUGCCCUAAGUUUCUUUCUGUGGUUGAAAACUAGAUAAUGAAAGUAGCAGGUGCUAAGUAUCAGUGCUAAAUGCUGUGUAUAUCACUAUGUAUGAAAAAAAACAUCAAAAAAAACAAUUAGCAUUGGACAUCUUAAUAAAUUAAGUUGACAUGAGGUAAAUGUGUUGAUAAAAACUAAUUUUAGAAGUCUGAAGACUUUAAAACAUUUCAUACUAUUUUUGUUUUGCAAAGACUAAACUAUUUGGGGACUUAAAGUACUGUAAUACACUAAAGACGUGCCAUGAGUUAUUGGAAUAUCACACUUUAAAAAUCGCCUUGUAAGUUUUGGGGAGAUUCCAAAGCAGUUUAUUGGUUCCGAUUAGAGUUUAUCUUUUUUUUUUGUAUUAAAACAUUGUUAUUUCUAAAUACCACUUUCCUUACCUACUAGUGAAAUUGCUAGCAUUGAGCUGUAUUAUGUGGUUUCUGUUGAUUUAGUAUAAAGGUUUUCCAAUUCAUUUACAUUUUACAAAUGCUAGAUAUUGGUCUGGGAGGCAACAUUAAUGGUACCAGUCAGUCACAACUGAGCGGUUCUAAUAAUGCAGAAUAAACACAUGUUGCCUUAAAGGGUUAUCUAGUAUCCUUCAUAUUAUUUAGCAUUGGAGCAAAUAGGCAAGGGAUAUUGAAUCAGUAACUGGUCAUGGUCAUUCAUCUGGAAGUGCAUGGAAGAUCAUUUAAUACUCUUUUUUCCUUUUUCCUCACAUGGUUUGAAAAUUAAGGUGCACAUCAUUGGAAUAAUGAGAUUUUCUUCUGAGGUGUGCUACCCAUUCUAGUGUGUUCUAAGAAUCGGGCAGUGAUGUAUGUUUAUAUUUUAAGUCAGCUGUCAAGGGGAGACCACAGCCUUAGUAUGACAUCCUGCACAAUUUGUGAAGCAUUUAUUCUAUGGAAGGCACAGUCCUGUUUAUACUUUCUGCACAUUCAGUGUAUUGGUCGUUUAAAUUAUUUCAGUUUUAACUUGUGAAAGCUUAUAAUAUGAUUUCUGGUAUUUUAGAAAUACAUUAGAUUCUGUGAGUCUCAUUCUUUAAGAAACAGAUGUGUGAACUUCAAUAUAAAGUUGCAUUUGCCAAAAUUUAUCUGUGUAGCCUGUUAAUUUUCUUGGAAUAAAUUUUACAUUUUUGGCAUAUAACAAUCAGUUUAAAAAAAAACAAUCUGGGAGUCAAGCACAAAGUAGAAAGGCUAAUUUAUUAUGAUUUGGUUUUUUAGACUUGUGCACCUGCUUAAUUGAUUGGUUCAGAAUUUUAGUACAAUCAUCACACUUUAAUUUGAUACAUAGUAGAAAUCUUGGGUUCUUAAUAUAUCAUUGGUAAGGAGAAUGGUUUACAACAGCAUUUACAAAACCAGAGAAAGUUAUUAUAUUUGUUUAUUUUUCAUUGUUUUAUUUUAUUCAUUUUUUUAUUUGAAAAUGUGAGAUUAGGUAUUUAGUGAAAUAGAAUUUUUAUUGCUAUUAUGCCUCUUUAAACACAAUACCAACAAAAAUAAGAAAAAAGUAACUGAAUUGUUUCAAUGAUGUAUGUGACUAUUGAGUUUUGCUUUUAUAAGGACAGCUCAAGCCAUGAUUUAGUGAGCACUCUUGGCCUUAUUUUUACUUUAUGCCAAAGUUUAUUGAAUUUGAAACAAAUUUUAAUGCACAACAGAGAGAGUUUUAUCUAGCAAUAAAAUCUCCUUCUUGGUACUAAAAACAUUAUUUAAAACACAAUAAAGAAAAAUGUUAUCCAAAGAUGGUCUGAUAACAUGUUUCCAUCUUAAAAACAUUUACAGGAGAGACAUAAUUACAAUGAUUACCCUUAUGGAGAAUUCCAUGUAGAGGUUCAAAUAUCAUCAGCAAUUGGUAGAAAAGUCAAUCAUCUUGAAACAAGAGAGAACAAGUUUACCAAGACUCACCUGCACUACAUAGAUAAGAAAACUGAGGUGGGAAUUAGGAGUAGGAAGCCUGAGGAAUCAAGAGCAAACACAAACUUAGCUACUUAAAAAAAGAAAUUCAAACAGUUUGGGCAAGUGACCAGUCCUAGUGAGCAGUGAAUACAGCCGAACUGCAGUGAUUUCAUUUCGGCCUACUUCUUUCUAACUUGACUUUUGCAAGCCAAGGAGGAAUCAGUGGAUAAGACCCAUUCCUAGUUAUGAAUGCCAUUUGUAACUCAAUAAGUAAUGGUUGUAAUCAUACAAAACAAAAGUUGUCCUCAGUGUCUUUAUGACCAAAUUGCAUUGCCUAUUUUGGCACCCAUUAUAAUAUUUAAUAUUUAAAAACACUUGGUAACUAAUUUAACUUGAAAAUUUUACUGAUCUUCAACCCAUAAAAAUGCAUUCCCACCAGGGAAUCCAACUUCCCAGUGAGAAAGACUCAUUAUCAAUAAUAAUGUGUCCCUCUUGGAGUAAUUACACGUUGGAACUGAACAGUCUUUAAAUUGUUCUCCAUCAUAGUGGUGAUGUGCUUGCAUGAAUGUGUCUAUACUUUCUUAUCUGGUUCCCUUUGUGCACAAUGGAUUUAUUUGUGAGAUUCCUAGCUGUAAUUAGGCAUUCAGUCUUGACUCUGGAGUCUCAUGCAGAUAUUAACUAACACAGAAGGAGGUGAGUAACUUGCCCAGUUUCCCACACAGGCCCUAUUUAAAUAACACAAAAUUAAUCAUAGGGAUUAUAUUAAAAAUUAUUUGUAGCUAGGACAAUCUAUUAACUGCAUUAUCUUCUUCAGAUAUUAGCUGACUGAAUUUCAACACUGGCAUUUUCCAUAGACUUUAACUCAUUUGUUAUUGUUAACACAUGGAUAUGGCCACUUAUCCAUUUGUCUCUACUUCUAUGAAUGUCAUAUCUAUUGUUUACUCAUUUAUUCAUUUGUUCAGAAAAUAUGUGCUGGGCCUGGCCUUGGUGUUAUGGACACAGUGGAAAACAUGGCAGAACAGUUUCUCAUUGAGAUUUCUUAAUCUAAUGGGAAAGACACAACAGAUAUAUAAAAGCAAUGAAUUAUGACUAUUAAAAUAGUAAACAUUGUUAAAAUGGAACAGGUAUUAAUGACCAUAAAUUGACUGCUUUCCAUUUUUCCUCCAGUGUCUUUUCUUCUAUUUUGUUCAGCAUUUCUUGGGAUCUCCCACAUCAUACUCCCUCAACUCAGACUUACAACUAUAUUUUGGAACCAGUUUCCAUGUUGUUGAUUCUAUGUACAGAUUCUUAAUUAUUCAUGUCCACAAGAGAGAGAGUUCAAUUCCUUUCAGAGAUUUGGAGGUGAGUCUUUUGUUAUGCUCAGAUUUCCCUAAUGUUAGCAUGAGAAUCCUGCCUAGAGUGCAAUCAAACUGAGGACUUGUGUAUGUGCUUCGUAGGAUUCUUAGGGGACCUCCCCUAAUGCCCAAGCAAAGAUGGAAUUAUAUGUGAAGUGGGGUGCAUUAUUUUAUUAAUACAUUUGUCAACACCCCAUCUUUAUUGGGAAUAUGAAAAAAAACUGGAAUAUACUAUCAGUUGAAAAGUUGAUUUGGACUCCAACAUUUACUUCUAUUGCAAACACAAUGAAACAUAUUCAUAAUUACAUAGAUAUACAACUUUCUACUAAGCCAUGUAAUGAGUUGUGUUCCAUCUGGGGUUACCAUAGUAUAGUUGUGAACAGAACCAAGUUGACUCUUCUGUGUAUUCACCUCAGAUAAAUUUAAAUGGUUUCAUUCUCAUUUUAUUCCAUGUGUAUCAUAGGUUAUAUGUUUUAACAUAAAAAUACCUCCGCUUAUCUUAAUUCAUAUUAAGAAGAAAAGAAAGAAGCCAACAUGAUAGAUGGUCAUGUUUCAAAGAUUGGCUAAAGACAUUAUUAAUCGAGAUAGAUGGUUGCCAGACUUGUGGAUUAUUUAUGAUUCCCAAAUCUUGUGAAUUCAUUCAUUUUUCUAUGCAAAAUACAUUAUUUUUGUUUGUUAAUGUUCUCUUUUAAAUAUAUUGACUGGAAAUUUCAGCAUCUAAUAAGAGAAUUGUUUUUUUGCUGAA